CCCUGUCCGACUGAAUCAGGAGGGUAUAUAAGGGAGGGAUUCCCCGACGCUCGUCAGUCGGCCGACGAUGGUGCCAGGGGGAGGUCGCGCGCGCCUCGUCAGAAGAAACUUUUUACGACACGAGAUGUUCUAUCAUGGGGACCUGAGGUGACCAGCAGCCUCUCCACAUCGCCUGAAAAUGGAUCAGUAUUUAAACAACACCUUUAUAUACUUAUACCUUCUUAUCUCAACAGCCGUGUACGUGGUUGUGACGUCUUAACACAAGACUUGCAAGAAUACUCCUUAAAACAUUAGGAUUUAAAGUGUAAAGUAGGUUGUACGCUCGGCUAGCGUGAGCACGAAUCGAUUCGCUCGUUCGAGCGAUCGUGCCGAGCGAGCGAAGCGAGCGGGCAAGCGCAGUCCACAGCCAAGGGCGACCACCGCGCGUACCCUACCGGUCCCAUCCCUUCCCUCCCUCGUCAUAACCGCUGCACUAUUAUGAGUCAUUUCGCUGUAGGUAGGGACUGUAGGGAAACGUAGGUUUUAGGCUGUAAGCUUGAGAACUGUGAGAGUGUGGCUUAUCUUGUUCAGCACAACUGUUUGAAUUUUCCAAAUGGCUGUGGACAUAUUUUUGUAGAUGUGGGUUGUCAAGGUGUUUCAAGUAGUAGAUCUCUGUCAAAUAACUGGAAAUGCCUUCAAUAUCUACUGUCCAAUCUGUCAAGAAUGUCUCCACGAAGCGGAAAAGCUCUAAUACUAACCCUUCUUAAGAAUUUUUGCAAGCACAGUUAUGCUAAGCAUUUCCCACAAAACAGUUCAGGUUUGGAGCAAGUUUUCGAAGAUCGUAUUCUUGCAGGUGACAUCCUAAACGGCCAGCGGCUGAUCGAGUUCCGCCUGGGCCAGGAGGAGCGAGACGGCGACAGUCUCUCUGUCGCGUCCGCCGAGCUGCUGGUGCUGGCUGAAGCCGGCCCGCGAGCUCAGUACACGCUGUGGGCGUUCACCGUGAGCGGGAACGGCAGCGUGGGCGAGCUGGCGGGCGUGACGCGGCUCAAGGGCGGCUGGCAGCGGCUGGAUGUCACGGCGGCUGCGAGGCGCUGGGCGGCGAAGGGCGCGCACCAGCCGCUCAGGCUACUGCUUGACUGCACUGGAGGCUGCACGGGCCGCGUGCGGCUGCGGCUGGGCGGCGGUCAAGCGGCGCGGCCGCUGCUCCGCCUCCGCCUGUCGCCGCCGCCGCCACGCCGCCGCCGAGCGCUCGACUGCGACGCCAACUCGCACGGCCGCUGCUGCCGGCAGACCUACUACGUGAGCUUCCGAGCGCUCGGCUGGGACGACUGGAUAGUCGCGCCGGAGGGCUACUACGCGAACUAUUGCCGCGGUGCUUGUGCACCCUUCCUUAAUUACCACUCGCAGGUGGUGGAGGCAGCGCGGCUGGAGCGCGCGGCGUGCUGCGCGCCGGUGCGCUUCUCCGCGCUGUCGCUCAUCUACUUCGGCGCCGACUCCAACAUCGUCAAGCGCGACCUCCCCGAGAUGGUCGUGGAAGAGUGCGACUGCCCGUAGCCACCAACACUAUGGUGUAACUGUGUGUGUUGGCGUGUGUACAUAGUAGCGUCGCCACCGCCCGCUCCCGCACCCGCGCCCGCGACCGCGCCCGCUCGCGCUUCUGCCGCUCUCGACUCAGAUUAUCCGACUCGAUUAUAAAUAAUAUUCUCGACAUGUGUAAUAUUUUGUUCCUCGCGUUCGAAAGACUAUAUCCUAAACGAAUAAAAAUUAAUGGUCGUCUACUCGCGAACUGGUUACAUCGUGGGUGAUAUACUGAGGGAAUCUAUAAUAAUGUAUUACGUUGGACCAAAGACGUAUCUACAUCUAUCUAGUAUAUUAACAAUUAUAAAAGAAUAAGUCUUUGUUUUACCAAGCGAUAUAUUAGUACAGAUGUAGCGCAUUAUUUUCCAUCGUAUUUUCACGGAAACGUACGAACGUGUCUUUCUAUUUCAGUCAGUCUCGGUACAAAAAGUACUGAGGUUGACUGAAGUAGCGUGACAAAUACGAACGUUUCCGAGAAAAUACGAUGGAAAACCAUUAUGCACUACGUCUGUAUAGAUUCUCAGAGUAAAAGUCCUUGCGGUUGCACGUUACGCUUCUCUAUCAUGUUACAUAGCUUCCCUAUACAAAUACCUACCGUUAAGUCAAAUAGGCUUUCUGCGUGCAAUCGCAUCGGCGACGCGAUGCGCUGCGCCGCGCCGUGACGCGCCGCGCCGUGACGCGCCGCGCGCCCGCGACGUUCCGAGCGCGUGUGUAGACGCCCUAAAUAAUUUAAUACGCCGUUUUCUUUCACCGUUUUGGUGAUCGCUUGUAAUUAUUGUAAACUGUAUUAUAAUAAUUAUUAUAAUUAUAAUAAUAAAUCAACUUUUUCAUAAUUA